AUGCCCAAACUCCACGACCAACUAAGUGAGUUUUGCAACAUAUCGCUGGGCCAAUGUGGUAUGCUCUUCCUUAGUACACCUCAUUAUAGGUCUAAGUCUGCUGACUGGGGCAAAUUUUGGGUUGAGAUUGUCGAGAUAACAACAGGCGUACGGCGUGCCAUCAUUCAUACACUCCAAACCUUGAAUUUAUCAGUAGUGGAUGUGAUGGAAUUGUGGAAAAGAAUGGAAAAGAAGCCUGUGGUGAGAUGUCUUUGCGAAGCCGAACCAGUCCGCUCAUCCUGGUUCCGCAGUGGUACACUUAUCGUAGAACCGUCUUCAGCUUCUUUCCUCGGUUACAAGGCAGAUAAAGCCAUUGGAACGGACCACCACACAAUCUGCAAGUUUAAGACGCCGUUCGAGAAUGCGUACAACAUCGUUGUAGAGAAUUUCAUUUCUAUUAGGCGAGAGCUACUUAGGAGGAAGCAAGAAUCGCGGAUAAUCUCUGAUGAUAUCACCAGACCAUUCGGGUAUCCCCCAAAUGUACCGAGUAGAACCCCUCUUCCGGCAUGCGGAAGACAUUUCUACUUAGGCUACCAAGGGCUGCGCAAUCCGAAUCAGCUUGUGGGCCAGUCCCAGGCCAUGAUAAAAGCAAAUAAUAUUUUGGAUGGAUUGCCCGAACAAUCGCAAGGGCAAGUUCGAAAACACGUUUGUCUUACAGGUAUUGGAGGUAUUGGGUAUGAUGGCGCCAGUUGA